AAGAAAACAUCGUUUUUUAAACGAUUUUUCUUUUUGUUUUAACUGGAUGAUGUUUUAACUGAAUUCAAUGGAUAAACAAUAAAAACAAAAUGUUGCCGCAAAUUUAAUAAGAAACUAUCUUAUCAAAUAUUCAUUUGGAUGUUUUAAAAAACAUUUUCAUCAUUCAUAAACUUCUUCUACUGGCAUAAGCAUCAUGCCUUUAUUUCAAGCGGCGAUUGUUGCCAGGAUUUUUCAUAAGGAUAUCACUAAGCCAAAGGAUCAAACAGGUCUUCAUAAAAAAAAUAUUCAAAACCACAAUUUGUAUAAUGACACUACAAACACAUUUGAUGAAAAAAAGUUAAAGAAAAGACCAAACGCUAGAAAGACAUCCGAAUGCGAAAAAAAGAGCUUGCAAAGUUGUGGCAGUUCAUCUAAUAAAUCGAGUAUCAAUUCAGGAGGUAACGACUUAAAGUUAAAAAUUUCAUUUUACUUGGCAAACAUACCUAGAAAUGGACCUGGUAGUACUGAUGUAUUUUUUAAACAGGAUGGUCAGCGGUUUAAUGAACAACACACAAUAAAAUUAGCCACGUGCUCUAACUAUCAAGUAAAAAUGGAGAUUGAGCCAAUGACGGAGUUAACGUUUUUCAAGCUGGGAGGUAUGGACAUUAAGUUUGAAAAAGUUACCAACACUGCAAAUGAUACCAAGUUAGUUUACCAACUAUUUUGGUCAACAGCCGGUAUAAGCACGACAAUGAGAAAGUUUCGAACUGAUGUUCCGUGUACCAUAAAGUUUAAAAAAUAUAAAAAAAUUAAUUUCAAAUUCCAAGUAAAAUUUUACUCAAGUAACGACAGAAAACGAUCUGAGUUGGGAAAAAAACUAAACUCGAUUGACUUAGAAUGCACUAUUGGUAGAGGCUCAUAUACCUCCUCCGUGGAUUGCAAAACCUUUAAUUAAUAUUAGACAAGACAAGAAAAAUAUUAAUAAAGCAAUAGACGCACAGACGAUUGAAAAAUUCUGUUUUUGCAAAUAAUGUUAUUAAGCAAUAACUUUAAUUUAUCUGAAAAUAUCAUUUAUCUGAAGAUAAAUCUUUGAAACAAA